AUGAGGUACCUGGGUCCAAGUAUCGUUAGUGUGGAACAUGCUCAGCACAAAACGGGGUCCAAGUCACUUCUCGAGUUCAGGAUUGGGAUUUCCGAGAAGCUUCAGCCACGAUCGAAACAGGUUUCGGAUAUUUUAGCGUCCACGGAAGAACCUUGGUCAAUUGCAGAUCCAGGAUCGAUGGAGCCAUAUGUAUCUUUCCCGAUUUCUCCUCAACAACUAUUGAUUCGCGCUUCGUAUCAUAACACACCACCUCCUGAACAACGAAUAUCGGAAGGUCAUAAAGCAGAGUAA